AUGCCAUCGUCGGCAGCAGACAAGACGGCCGCCGUCCAGGCGGCUACAGAAAGCAAGGCCUCCCCGGCGACGCAGGCCCUACAGCCGAUCAGCACGGUCGACAGUCCCGCGUCGCGCGCGGUAGGAUGGCUCCGACCGGCGAUCCUGGUGGGCGGCUGCCUGGCGCGGCUGCCCGCCCUGGUGGAGGACCCUACGUCCGCGCUGCAGACGGCCCUGCCGGCUGUGGCGGCCGUGCAGGUCGUCUACGCGGUCAUGGGAAGCUCCCUCCUGUGCGCGGCGCACAUGGCGACCCUGGGCAUCUUCCCCGUCUUCUACACGCGCGGCCUGGACGGGCAGGCCCUCCUGGCCGUGGCGGGGGCAUACGCGCCCCUCGACGACGUCUUCGGCGGGCUGCUGGGCGCGGCGCUCGGCUCCUGGCUGGGCGCGGUGCCCAUCCCGCUGGACUGGGACCGGCCGUGGCAGACCUGGCCGGUCACCAUCGUGGUGGGCAUGUAUAUCGGCAAUGCCGUCCUCGGCAGCCUUCUCGGCGGGCCGCUUCACGGGAAGCGCCUGGUCGGGAGCGGCGACGGCGUCGAUGAGGAGGAGCAGUAG